CAUCCGGUUUGUCUCCACCUAUUGGUCAGGACUGGUACUGUCGGCUCUCAGCAGCAGCCGUAUCCAUUUUUCGCUCUGACCACUGACCAGUGUUUUGUGAAAGAAACAGACGUGAAAUUACUCUAUAGUCUAUCAGCUGUUUGUUUCACAAAGAAUGGAAAUAUCUGCAAGAUGCUUGUGGAAAUACCACCUGCACAAGAUCUGAUAUUUGAACUAAACAAACAAACUAUACUGUCAGCUGCUGUAAAAUCAUCCAUCAGAUCUACUAAUGUCACAGCAAGUUGAGGAAAUGUUUCUUCAAUGCUCAUAUUAGCUGAUGAGACUCCACUGACAUUUAUGUGACAUGUUCACUUUGAAGAUUAUUGUUCUCUUUACUGUUAUUGUUUCACUUCACUAUGAUUUUUGCUGGUGUCGAUGUGUUGAUGCUGAAUAUGAGAUGAAUGGGCAAUGCUGCCCAAUGUGUGCUGCUGGAUACCGUGUUUAUAGCCACUGCACAGAUGAUGACGGCAGCACAGUUUGUGGUCCAUGCCCUGAAUCCACUCACAUUGAUGAACCCAGCGGCUUAACAACAUGCUUUGCUUGUACUGUGUGUGAAGAAAGUCGAGGGUUAAGAGUGAAUAAAGCCUGUACUCGAGGGUCAGAUACUGUUUGUGAGCCACUGGAACAAUUCUACUGCACUGAACGAAUUAAAGGUAGCUGUAGAAACGCUGAGAAACACUCUGAAUGCAGCCCUGGACAAUAUAUCAAACAAGCAGGAACUCCCUCCACAGAUACAGUAUGUGCGGAUUGUGAAGCUGACACAUAUUCAGACGGCUCUUUUUCAUCCUGUUUACCACACACACAAUGUGAAGCUCUGGGACUCACUGAAACAUCUCCAGGAACACGAUCAUCUGACCGUGAAUGUGGAAAUACUACUGCACGCAUUGCUAUUGGUGUUACAGUUACUUUAAUAAUAAUAAUAAUUGCAGUAGUAAGUUUUUCAAUUGUACAUAUUCGAAAGAAGAAACGAUCUGGUUCAGGAACACAGGAAAAAGGAAAUGAUUCCAAGGAAAAAGCCAGUAUGGUUGUUGGUGGCUGUGUAAAAGCUGAGCCAAACGGACUGGAGAAGAAGUGAAAUUAGGAAUCACUACAGAUUCCUGUCUAGAGACUCCUCAGGACUGUCUCCACAUCAGGGAGAAAAUCAAAUGAAAUAAACCUGAAAUUCCAAUGGAGCAAAAAGUAGAUAAAAACAAACAUUAUUAUCUUGACAUUAGAAUUACUAAUGCCUAUCAAGACUAAAAGCUGGAUUAUACUUCUGCGUCGAGUGUACGCCGUAGCUAUGGUGUAGGCUGUGUGUAGCACGCGUAGCCUACGACCUAGCCUGACGUGCACCUCUUCAAAAAUGUCGUGCUCAGUGGCACUGCGGAUUCCCCACAGUGGCAAGGGCUCUUUGACAACACAUUCCUCCUUUUGGCCUCCGGCACCAAUGUAGCAAGCUAUGUUGAUGAGGGAAGAAGGAGGCGGGAACCGGUGAAUGGUUCAACACAGUCCUCUGCCAGCUGAGUGAACUCCUUUGCGAUCUCUGCCUGGUGGAAGGCGACGGCUGCUCCGGGAUCGGCCAGUCAUCAGGAGUCCCCCAUUGCCUGCUUCUCCCCAUCAUGGCGGACGGCAGCAUGCUCUGGCCCAGAGAUGGAAACUCGAGUCUGCAAACAAAUGACUUGAAGACAGAGACUUGUGAAAAAUACAAGUCUUUUGGUGUGAUAUUCCUGAUUACGUUCUCCGUUUACUACCCCACACGAUGGCAAGAAACAUCACAUUUUACGAUCUAUUCAUUCCCAAAUAUGUGCUGCAGCAGCGAAUAUCACAAAUCACUAAUCUAAACGCACCAAGCCAUCGAGUGUGUGACGCAUCUGAAGGCACGUGAAUUCAUCACCCAUUAGAAAAGCAAUCAAUUAAUCCGAAGGGAAUCUGCAGUGUUGCGCAGCUGCAGAGGCUUGCUUGUGCUCCAUUUUCAAGAAGUACAUGUCCUUUUUUUUUCGCCCAAGUAUUUGAUAACAUGGUAAAUCUGGAUAUUAUAUGCAUUAAGUUAUAUUUGGAUUGAAAUAAAGUAGAAAGUAAUAGAAAUUA